AUGCUCAACUCACAAUGGCAAGAGGUUAUAACGCACUACUGCCGGACACAUCCUGUGGAAACCAUAACGAAGCGUCAGCUUUAUGAGUGUCUAUGUGACGCGCAAUUGACUACUUUAGAUGAAAUCAAGAAGGAUCGGCAACUGAAGGAAUCGGUUGUCGGAUUUGGUCUAAAGUUGAUCGAGACGAUAGCUGGGGAGAAUGAAAGACGAAAUGAGAGCCAGAACCCAAGCGACGACCGUAAAGGAAGCCGGCCGCCGAGCAGGCAGGAAAGCCGAGAAGAGAGAAGGCCUCGGACGUCUGGCAAUGAAAGCGAGGUAGAGACCGAGCCAAGGAAGCUCACCAGAAAGCGGCCUGUCCCGUCGAGCACUCGAUCGUCGCCUUCGGUCUCGGAGAAGAAGAAAAUGGCUAAGCAGACUUUGAAAAAAUCAACUCAACGCUUAGGCACUAUUAUACAGCAGUACAAAAUUCGGAGUGUUUACCGCAAAGUCUCCAAAAGCAGUCCUACAUACCAAGAUGACCUGUACCAGGCGGUUCUUGAUCUAUUGGUAGAAAAGGGCUACAUAAAAAAACGGUCCCUGCCUACUCUUGCGGAAGCGCAACGGUGGCGUCAGAAACACGACAUGCAAGAGGAGCUAGACGGUCUAAAAUUAGACAUCGAACGCCUCGGCGCUCGGCUGGGUCCCGAUGGACUCAACGCCAGACGCAGAGUCGCUGCCAACCGCACCAAACUUUUGCUAGCCAACGAGCGCCGCAGCAGUAGCAGUGAAAGCAGUAACUCAUCGGGGUUUGAUGAGCCAGACGCAGAUAAGGAAUCCGACGCACAGAUAGAGUCAGAUGACGAAAUGUCGGAUGAUGACGAAGACGAACCUUCCUCUCAAUCUGAUUAG